UGGCUAGAGGCUGGUAAGGGGGUGGUGGUCCCAGCUGCAGCCAUGGAGGUGACUGUGUGGCCCCUGGUCCGGUGGCACUGGUUCCGCCAUUCAAUUCCUAUUGCUAUCUUCACAAUGCUACUUCUUUAUCUCAGUGCUCGGAGCCUGGGCACUCUCUCAGGCUGUGGAUCCUGGACACAGGCCUGCAUUCGAGAGGGACCACCACCCUUCCAGGUACAGCAGGAGUCGGGAGCCCUGGUGGCUUCAGAAGAGCUUCCCUGUCUGGAACCUCAGGGGAGACUGGGCCGCAUGAUGAGGCCAUUCCGAGCCAGUCUGAACCCACCAGGGGAUAUAGAGUUGGCUCAGUACUUAGCAGGAUGGAGAGAACUGGUCAACUUCCUAACUCCCCUCGGCUCCAUCUUCACCUUCGCCACAAGCGAGGCCUUCACCAAGGUGACAGCCCUCGAGGCUCGGGUGCACGGCCCAGACGCGGAGCACUACACGUCGCUGGCGGCCAUGGCGGCCUGGGAGCGGCGGGCAGGCCUGCUGGAGCCGCCCGGGCCCGUCCUCCAGGACUCUUCCCAGUCAUCCGGCUCACGCACGCUGCUCUUGCUGCACCGCGCGCUGCGUUGGUCCCAACUCUGCCUCCACCGAGUGGCUACCGGUACGAUCGGAGGCCCAGACGCCGGCACGCAGUGCAGCGACGCCUACGCAACGGCCCUGGGCCCACACCACCCGUGGUUCGUCCGUCAGGCCGCCCGCCUGGCGUUCCUCGCCUUCCCAGGUCGCCGCCGCUUGCUCGAGCUGGCGUGUCCAGGAACCACAGAGCCGGAGGCGCGUUUUGCUCUGGCCCGGGCCGCCGGCACCCUGGAGGAUGUGUAUAACCGCACCGAUGGCCUGUUGGCCGAGCGCGGCCUGCUCCGGCUGGCCUGAGGACAGCAGCUGCAGGGGACCGGCGGGGAAAGGAGCUUCCGGGGUCAGGGCCAGCGAAACCCAGACUUCAGGCUGACUGCCUAGCCCGCCUCUCUAGUUACGCUACCGCAGCUAAGGCCCGCCUCCGGCGGGGGAUGGAUGUGUGUCCUCCCUCUACCCCAGUCCUGAGAUGGGAGGAGCUGUGAAAGAUAAAAAGUAUUCUUUGGCAGCCAUCGAUACAGGGCGUUUUGUGUGAUGACGGCAGCCGCUUAAGGGAAAUAAAAAACAAAUGUGGGAA